AUGUCGGAUGUCUUCGGCUUCCCCACACCGCACCACAGCACUCGUGCACAUUUCGCUCUCGCUGCCACUGCUGUGGCGGUGGCCGGUUGUCUUACUACCGUCCAAGGCCACGGCUACAUGUUGGUGCCCGAGGCGGUCCCGUUGUCCGACCACAAGAAGGACAACAUGAUCUCAUCGUGGAUCAAGGCGAAGGCGGAGGGAUACGAGAACAACAUCCGGAAGCUGCUGGAUGGCGACACAAAGUUGUACGGCGCUGACUGCGGCUACAGCGACCCGAAUGCUAGCCCCAAGGACCCAUCGACGGAUGGCACCGCCACCUUCUCGCGCGGCAUAGCCCACCACGGCCCAUGCGAGAUUUGGCUGGACGAUAAGAUGAUCCUGCACGAUGACGACUGCGAGGAGACGUUUGGCACGUCCGACUACGAGAAAAUUAAAACGGUGUUCAAGCCGAUCGACUACUCGUCCUGCUCGGCCAAUGGGUGCAUGUUGCACUUCUACUGGCUGGCAUUCCAGGGCCGCACGACCGGCAACAGCAAAUAUGUCUGGCAGAUUUACAAGUGCUAUGUGGCGCUGACGGGGCCUGCUGCCGGUCAAGUCAGCACAGCUUCAAACUCCACCCAGACGACGGAGGGGUCUUCAGCCGACGCUCCUGCUACGAAUGCGCCAGCCAGCGGAGACGCGACUACCCAAGCCUCGUCAUCGGAUGGUGGUGGCGCGACUCCAACCCCGGUGGCCGCGACCAACGCGCAGGCCCCUGUCGCGCCCUCGACGACGGAAAAAAGCAACGCUCCCAAGAGGAACCGCGGGAAAAUCACAGCCCUGUAG